AGUUCAGGGACACGAAACAAGCAAAUAAGGAUGUGCAGAAUAAUGAACUAGAACAGUGAGCUUGUGAUCACUUAUUAGUUCAACUUAUACAUUUAGUAGCGAUUAGACAUUUGUUAUUUAAACAGAUCUUUUCAAGAUCAUUUGAAUGCUCUCAAUAUGAGCGGCCAGGGCGGCGUCAAGUUUGAUCCAAAAGAGCACCAGCACCAGCGUUACAACCCCCUGACGGAUCGCUGGGUGCUGGUCUCCGCUCACCGCAUGACGAGGCCCUGGGCCGGCCAGAAGGAGAGCGUAUCCGAGCAGCAAGUGGUCCGGAGCGAUCCUCAAAACCCCCUCUGUCCCGGGAACACACGCGCCAACGGACAGGUGAACCCAGACUAUGAGAGCACAUUUGUGUUUGAAAAUGACUUCCCCGCCUUGCAGCCAGACGCACCUGACCCCCCCCAGGAUGGUGAUUCGUUGUUCCAGUCUAAAGCAGCGAGGGGCAAGUGUCAGGUGAUGUGUUUCCACCCCUGGUCUGAUAUCACCCUCCCCCUCAUGAGACAGGAUGAGGUCAUCAAGGUGAUCGACAAGUGGGCGGAACUUGUGGAGGAAUUAGGCGCCACCUACCCCUGGGUUCAGAUCUUUGAGAAUAAAGGAGCUACGAUGGGAUGUUCUAAUCCCCACCCACACUGUCAGGUGUGGGCCAGUAGCUUCCUGCCUAAUGAGGCAGUGGUGUCGGACCGCAGUCAGAAAGCCUACUAUCAACAACAUCAGCAACAGCUGCUGCUACGCUACGCUGAACAGGAAGCUAACCGACAGGAACGUGUGGUGGUUCAGUCGUCUGAUUGGCUGGCUGUGGUUCCGUAUUGGGCCACAUGGCCGUACCAGACGAUGCUGUUACCACGACGACGACACAUUCUCAGACUCACUGACCUCACCCCUGAAGAGAGAAGGGACCUGGCUGACGUCAUGCGGCGGCUGCUCACCAAGUACGACAACCUGUUCCAGGUGUCCUUCCCCUACUCCAUGGGCUGGCACGGUGAGCCGCUUGCCCUCACCUGUCCGGAGGGGUGGAACAACUGCAAGCUCCACGCCCACUACUACCCCCCCUACUGGCGCUCCGCCUCCGUCAGGAAGUUCAUGGUGGGAUACGAGAUGUUGGCCCAGGAGCAGAGGGACCUAACCGCUGAACAGGCAGCAGAGAGGUUGAGGAAUGUCCCUGAUGAACACUACAGGAACCGGAAGAAGAGCGAGGAGAAAGAGUGAGAUCUGGUGGACGAAGAGGAGGAGGGGGUUUUCCCUUGAUAAACCGAGUUAUUGUCUGAUUAAAUUGUUACUUCAUCUCAUAACUAUAAAGGAUAUUAGUUCCUCAAAGAACUGAACAGAUAAUUCAAUUAUUGAAAUCAAUGAAUAUUAAAUAAGGGUUGAUACCACUGCAAUAAAAACAUGAACACUGGUAAUGUUCUAAUUUAUUUAUUUUUUCAACAUACACACAAUUCCCUGGAACUGCCUAACCCCAACCUUCCAACCAUGGUACCCCUUUAACCCUAGUAACCCUCGUAACCGUUCAAUACUAGUAGGCUCAAUUGCAGAGUAUAUUUAGUCGUUUCUCAACAAUCUAUCCAAGGAGGAUAGACUAUCCAGGUCGGGGAAUAGGGGUGGCAGAUACCCGUAGGCGCACUGAAAGGGAGAGAGGCCGGUGGAUGAGCAGGUAAGGGUGUUAUGCGCAUACUCUACCCAUACCAGUAAGUCGGACCAGGAAGCCGGAAUGCGGUUCUCCAGGCAUCGGAGGGUGGUCUCCAGAUCUUGAUUGACCCUCUCGGUCUGUCCAUUGGACUGCGGGUGGAAGCCGGAAGAUAGGCUGGUGGUAGCUCAGACUAGGCAUCAGAAUUCCCU